GUAAAUCCUCUGCUCGAGAGCAGUUCAAAGGUGCUACAGUGGUGCAGUGGUGCUCGCAUCGGAGACAUCGACGACUCCAACGCGCAGAAGACCAGGAGUUCUGUUUGGGUCGUGAGCCGUCGAUCUGUUCGUGAUCUCCAGGCGAACGAUGGCGUCAGCGAGCUCUCGAGUCGCCGCCGCAGUGCGCGAGGGCAGGCAGCUCCCGAAACGGGCCAU